AUGUCCACGUUAAAGGCCGCGAGAGCGGACAACUUUUACUAUCCGCCAGACGCGGAUGAGUCCUAUCGCACACAGAGGAAGCGAAUGCGCAAGACUCCCAAAAAGGUGAGGGCACAUGGCAUUUCUCUGAAAUAUGGUCGUAUCGGAGAGGAGGGAGAUGAUAUCUGGAAUCAGGGCCCCAAGGGACCGGUGAUACGCUUUGAGAUGCCCUUUAAAGUCAUCUGUCUGGGCUGCGGAGCCUUCAUAGCCAAGGGAGUUCGAUUCGAUGCAGAGCGGAAACGAGUGGGUAAGUACUACUCCACGAACAUUUACGCGUUUCGCAUGUCCUGUCUCUACUGCCACACCCAGAUUGUGAUCCAAACUGACCCUGAAAACACCGACUAUCUCUGCAAGGAAGGAGUCCGCAAGAGGAUCGAGGAGAAUGACCCUUCCAAGGCGCUGGGAUACGACGCUGCGGAGAAGCAGAUGAGGGCUUCAAAUGCCCUCUUUGUACUCGAACAACAGGCGGAAGAGGAGCUAAAGAAGGGCGCUUUGGCGGUCCCCUCGGAAGGGGCUCAGAUGCCAAGGUUGGAGCCUGAAAAGGUGGAAAAGGCAGAAGUCGUUGAUGAGAACAGAAGGCUGGGUUAUCUGGAACGCAUGAACGAGGGCAGGAACAAGGACGACUACCUCGCAAACUCUGCGCUGAGGAGGAGGUUUAGGAAUGAAAAGAAAGAGCUGGAAAAGAGGAGGGAUGAUGAUGGAAACAGCAAUUUUUCACUGCCCCUUUUGGACGUUUCAAAGGAGGAUUUGGAGUCUUCUAAAAAGACAACAUUCGUCUCAGAGUCUGGCAAAAUUAGAGCGCAUUUCAAACGACUUGUAAAGGCCAGAGGCGACGUCUUCUCCAAGGGCUCCGUCCACUCCUCCAGCACCAUUUCAAUGCCGAAUUCACUCAAAGAGAAACACAAUCGCCUCAAACUUGUAAAGUUUAUAGAGUCCAGAGCUCAUAAACGCUAA